AUGUCAGCGGAUACGCGCACCGCAACUGCCUGCAUCAUCUUGGGACCUGCGCGGUUCUCGAACCCCAUGUCCCUCGCUAUGAAACCGUCCCCCUCAAUCGCUAAUGUUUCGUAUCCCCCUACGAAGCUCUUGUCCCCGACAAUCCUUGUCUUGGUGGGGCCGUCCCCGAGAAACAUUACGGACCACGUUGUCCUGUUCACAGUAACAAGGGCUUCGUUAACCGUUUUGUAUUUACCCGAUCCAUCUUUCGCUACCACCACGUUCGGGCGGAUGCUCUUGGCCCCGGCGGCCUCCAAAAGCCUACGACGACCUCCAUUAGUUUUGCCUCUCCUACGACCACCAGCUGGCGCUAGGAACUCUGUUAGCUCAUUUGCUAUUGCGAGCCCGUUUAUCGUGAGCUCGCGCGAUAUUUUCAGAAGCUUCUCCAUGUUCUUGCUUGCUUCGCCGUUUAUGCCCUCGAAACAAUCCAUGCACGUGUCUUGGUACGUGAGGGCGCCCGUGAGCCAGGCGAAAAUCGUCGGUCGUGUCGAACAGGGCUCCGAAUCGAUUGACGGUCUGUUGGAGAUCGUAAAUGGAGUCGUCCAGAAGCUUACUGCACGUCUUGUAGGCGCCAGCUGUGCGUGGGUCCUUGGCAGCCUCUUGAAGAGGGGUCGUUUGGCUGAUCACGCGUUUGAGUUCUUGAAUGGCUGUUUGGAAGCCUGCCUCGAUGAGGGCUUUUGGGUCGGAGGCAUUUGA